UAUUAAUUAAAACGUUGAAAUAAAAAUCCUCUGCUUUUUAACCUCAUAAUGGCGACAAAAGAACUGUUAGGGAAACUUGCAGAUAUACCAUUGGCAAAACCUGGGUUUGAGGCUCUGGAUAUGACUGCGCCAGUGUUAGUAUCGUUAAACCCAGAUGGCAAUUGGCAGAAAAGUAAACCAGACUGUUUAGACGAGGAACAAUUGAAAACUGUAGUGGCACACUUAGUCAAGUCUAAAGCUGUAUCCGCAGCUCAAAGCUAUUGCAGCCAGUGCGCUGCUGAAAAGACAGACGGAGGUGCGUCUAACUACGUGCCGGUCAUAAUGAUGCCACUCUAUCCAGCUGACCAAUGCCCAUUCGAUAUGAAUUGUGAAAUCCAGAAAAUGAAAGAAUCAGAACCUAAGAAAAAAACGAAAGCUAAGGCUGUCGCUCAAGCGGAAAAGGAUGACAAAGAUGCUAAAAAGAAAAAGAAACGGGGAUUUGUAAUGCAGCGGCUCAAUGAUUUCGAUUUGCUUUCACAGUGGUAAUUUUUGUAU